AGGAAGGCGAUGUGGGAGCCCGGGCGCCUGGAGGGGCCAAGGCCGGGGAUUGUGGCCCAGGCGGUGGUUGUGGAGUUGCUGCUGUUGUUUUAAGGACAUUGAUGUGAACAUCAUAGUGAUAGUUCACCUUGAUCAUCACCAGAACAAACUCCACAAGAGAUGGAGGACACGGAGCCGUGGUACUCUCACAAGGUGUACGCCAGGUACUGGAGACACUAUGACUCAGCCAUGCACUGGAUGCACAGGCACCAGAAAGCCUACAGGAGAGCCAUGGAGUCCUUGUACUGCCUGCCAUGGCAUCCCUGGCAUCCUGCUGCAGCCUCUCCAGGCAGCCACUACUCAGAUUGGCACGGGAAUGAUCUCCCACAUAUCCAACACUAUUCUUCCAGCUACAGACCAGAUGUCAGAGCUCCGUGUCAUGGGGGAGCUCAGCAGUACGCAGGUGCCUACCAGGAGAGGGAGGAUGCCGAUGAGGACUCCGAAAUGGAAGAGGAUGCUGAAAUGGACUCUGAAAUGGAGGAAGACUCUGAGUCUGAAGGAGAGAUAGAAUAUGACUUGAGUAACAUGGAGAUCACAGAGGAGCUUCGUCAGUUUUUUGCAGAGACAGAGAGGCACCGAGAAGAGCUGCGGAGGCAGCAGCAGCUGGAAGCUGAGGACCCCUACGUGGAGGCUGAUCAGGACCUGCACUGGCGGGUGGAGCGGUCAGUGGAGCCGCCCACAGAGCGGCCCGGGGAGAGGCGCAUGGCAGAAAUGAAGAAGCUGUAUGGUGCUGAAGCUGCCAAAAUCCAGGCAAUGGAGGCUGCCAUGCAGCUUGUCUUUGAUAGGAACUGUGACAAAAAGCAGCCCAAAUACUGGCCCAUUAUUCCCCUUAAGCUGUGAGUACCUGCACUGUGCUCUGACGUGGCAGAUUAAUCACACCAGAAAUAAGUAAGAGAUAAAUCACACCAGUGCUACAGGGUCAGGUGCCUCAGGCUGGGCUGCUGAAAGAACAAACUGCAAGUUUGGUUUUGGACUUUAAGGGAGAGUCUGGCAAGGACAGUAUGUAUUUCUUUGGCCUUUUUUCUUUUACAGUGUCUGUCAGUGAUGUUCACAUUCAACACACAUACAGUUGUCAAGUAGUAAUAGGAGGGACAGGAAUAUCAAACCUGUCUAAAAUUCAAUCAUUUGAUACUCACUUGCCUUGACCACACAUGCAAGAAGCAUAACAAUGUCCAUACCCAGUGAACUGGGAAAACUUAAAGCAAUGCAGAGAAGAGAAAGACUUUACAAAUUAUCUGCUCUUCCUGUUUAGGAAUUUGAGUGAUCCCAUUUUUUAGUCUUAUUUAACAUAGUAGUAUUAGGAUCUUGUUUCACACAGCAUAGCUUGAAGUGUUAUGUCUGCUAAUCUUGGAUUUUUUUGAGAAUCAGGAGCCCACUGGCCAAGAUACAACUUAUCAAAUUACCAUAGCCCAGACAUUGGAAUUCUUUUUAAAAGGUUUAUAAUAAAGCAGGAAGUUUUUCUUCCAGACUGAUACUUGUCUGGCAGGAGUUUGACUCUAAAGCAACAUUAUAUAGAAAAAUGUUUAAUGAAGGGGUGGGAGGAUGGGACAGAGGCCUGAUGUGGUCCUGUCUGUUUGGAGAUGUGUUUAGCAGAAGAGAAACUUAACAGGACACAGUGCUAUUGGAGCCAGUGCCUACAGUGAUUUUUGCCUUUCUAAUAAAAAACAGCAAUGGGCUUGAAGACUUGAAGCUUUAAAGAAGGCUUAUUAGAGUGAUAGACUGUAUCUGACCGAUGUUUACAGAGCUGUGGAAGCCAGGUAGCCCUGUGGGCUAUAUGUCAGAUUUAUGUGCAGGUUUCCAAUGGCCAAGUGCAUAGGACAUGCACAAAAUUUAAGCAUAAGCAAGUAGAUCUGUUUUCAUUCAUCUGCACAGAGAUGUGCCUCUGUGUGUGCUCAUCCAUCUGCACUAGCUGGUUUGGUUCUGCUUCUGUCACUCUUUACUUUGGGCCAGUUGUGUUUGCCCCACAGAGUGAGGCACACUGGUGGUUUGUGUAAAUGAGGCUGAACUGGCCCCUCAAAACCUGUGGCUCCUUAGAAAAUGGUGCCCUGAAUGCUUAAAAGGACUCUCUGCUGAUAAAAUAUCAUUGUGGAUUGAAGGGCAGUAGUUUGUGACAUUGCUGCAUUUCCAUGCCAGGGCAAAGGAAUCGUCUGCUGGUUUCAUAGUGACACACUCAUCUGCCUUCCUGGCAACAGAGGAAGGUUACAAGUAAAAUUUUAACUUCAGUUCAUGCUGACUGAGUGUCCAGAGUUUCUCUGUGGCAUGUGUAGUUUGUAAUGCACUCAGCAGUUGCUGUGCCCUCUGCAGCAGCCAGCUGCAGCAAAACAAGUCUGCAGUGCAGUUUGGAAUAUCUUUGCUUUCAGUAGUAGUUACUGUUUUUUCAAAGCAGAAUUUCCAUGUCAGUUCCACAUCUUUCACAGAUGAAGUUAAACUGAACACUGAAAUGAAAAAGCCUCCAGUUUCCAAGACUUACUUCUGGUGUGAUUAAUCUGAAAAACUUCAAUGAGACAGGAGAGAGAAAAGGAUUAUUAACAGUUCUGCAUUUGUUGUCACUAUUGUUUUUGGUGGGUUUUGUCAAAAAUUCAGUGUUUUGUUUGGGUUUCCUUCCUUUGACCAAAUAAAUUUUCUUCUUAACACCUUGUAAA